UCGACCAAGUUGCUUCUCAUCUCGACGCCCAAACUGGAUCUUCCCCAUUCUCAUCAGUCAGCAUCCUCUCUCGAGAUCGAUUAAUCCACCUUCCUGCAUCUGGGUGCCAAGAAUCGUCUUUGAGUUGGCACAAGCACCACGGGCCCAGAUUAUAGUGGGAACUGAGUUUGAAACAGAGCAAACACAAGGUGCUCCUGGAAAUGGCCAACUCAAAUGAUCUAUGGGAGAAGAAGCUGCAGGAUCCAAGUGCAACACCAGUGCCUCUGCCAUUUGAAUUUCUGAGAGCCAUCACAUGUGAUUUUUCCAGCGAGCAGGAACUCGGCAGAGGUGAGCAUGGAGUGGUUUACAAGGGAGUUCUUCCGAGUGGAAAAUUUAUUGCCGUGAAGAAGCUUUUUCAAACACAUCUGAUGGAUGAUAAGAAAUUCCAGAAUGAGCUCAGUUCUCUUAUGGGGAUCAAGCACCAAAAUGUAGUGCAGCUUAUUGGUUACUGUGCUGAAACAAGCUUUGAAAUGGUGAACCUCCAAGGUAGUGGGAAACAUAUUAUGGAUGAAAUACCAAAGAGAUUGCUUUGCUUUGAAUAUGUAGGCAACAAAAGCCUUCAUUACUACAUCUCAGAUGGUACUUUUGACCUUGAGUGGAAUAUGAGAUAUGAAAUAAUAAGGGGUAUUUGCGAUGGUUUGCAUUACCUUCAUGAGAAAUGCCAUACUGUUCAUCUUGACCUGAAACCUGGAAACAUAUUGAUGGAUGCUACUAUGGUUCCAAAUAUAGCGGAUUUUGGUUUAUCAAGGAUCUUUGGUGACAAGCAAUCCCGAAUCAUCACUGAAAAUCGUCCAGGAACACUCGGAUAUAUGGCCCCAGAAUACUCCUUUCAAGGCGUAGUCUCCAUGAAGGCAGAUAUAUUCAGUUUGGGUAUUAUAAUGAUUGAGAUAGUCACAGGUCGUAGAGACUAUCCCCUGACUGCUAUUCCAUAUAUGGAGCACUUCAAUCAAGACGGCAGUUUCCAGAGUAGUGACACGUCCUUCGAACACUACUACAAAGAGAAAAUAAGAUUAAGUACUCAGGCUCUUGCAAAUAUAUAUCAUGCUUGGAGGAAUAGGCUGGAGAAGUCACAGGGAGUCACAGAAAAAUUGGAACAAAUUCGUGCGUGCGUUGAAUUAGGACAAGAAUGCACUGAAAUCAGCCCAUAUAAGAGACCAGCUACACAGCAUAUAAUCGAUAGGCUUGAAAAAGUCAAUAUUACAGACGAAUAUUGUAAAGCCGGUGAGAGCAAUCCGCCAGUAGCACAGGCAGGAGAAUCUUCCAGUUUCAAUGCUCUUCAUCGAGGAGAUACUGGUACCAUUGCUGAGAUUGAGAAGGCGUCAAUACUACCGGCAAAGGUUAAGGAGUUUGUGCAGGUUCAAGUAUCUGCGGUCAGCAUUCCAGCAAGUGAAGAUGACAUUCCCAUCACAAAGAAAGAUAAAUCGUCAGCUCCUGUUGUACCGGAUGCUUUUCGUUGCGCAAGAUCACUUGGUUUAAUGCAAGACCCGGUUAUGGUGGCCACUGGGCAGACUUACGAUCGAGGCAGCAUAGUGAGAUGGUUGGACGCCGGGCACGACACUUGUCCGAGAACGCAGCAGAAGCUUGUUAACAAAUCUCUAACUCCAAAUUAUGCUCUUUACGGCCUGAUUGUCCAAUGGUGUCGAGCAAACGGUUUGGAGCAGCCGAAACGCUCGGCUCAAGUUAGCAGUGAUGACAGUGAUGCAAUGCCGGCAUCACUUGCCUAUUCUGAGCAAGAUGUAGUUGCCAGCCUUGUUCGGAGACUAUCAGAUUCCCAAAAUGUUGUAGGCCAGCGUGAAGCUGCCGGUACGCUUUGUCUUCUUGCCAAGGGCAAUUCUAAAUAUCAAGCGUGUAUAGGAGAUUCUUGCGGCAUUCCUAUCCUGGUGAGCCUGUUGUGGAUAGAUGAUAUCAGCACCCAGGAACAUGUUGUUACUGCUCUCCUGGAUUUAUCUGUUUCUAAUUACGAGAACAAGGAAAAAUUGGUCUUGGCCGGGGCUAUUCCUGGAGUUGCGUACGUGCUAGAGACGGGCAGCAUGGUUGCCCGGGAGAAUGCUGCCGCAAUGUUGUCCAGCCUAUCCACUGGGAAAGAAAGCGAGCUGAUCAUUGGGGCUGCCGGAUCAAUUCCGCCUCUCAUUCUGCUGUUGACUAGUGGGAGUCAACAGGGUAAAAGGAAUGCUUCGCGAACACUAAUGGGUCUGUUCGUCGAGCCAGACAACAAGAGUAUAGCUAUUAGAGCUGGGUUCGUCCAUGUACUGCUAGAGCUUCUAACAGGAACUGAUGAUGGAAUCGGUUCCAUCUUUAUGUUGGAAAUUCUUUCCAAGCAUCCUGAGGGAAAGGCGGCUAUUACUGCUGCUGCUACUGCUGCCAUACCAAUGCUGGUUGGAGUUAUCAGAAAUGGAUCCCCAGGCGAAAGCGAAACAGAAUGGGCAGUUACUAUUCUGGUGGGCAUCUGCAGUGGGGAAGGCAAACAGGAGAAACAGUGUCUUGCUGAAGCACGGGAGAAUGGCCUCGCGUCCUUGCUAGAGGAGCUAGCAGAAAGUCGUUUAAGCUCAAGCAGAGGCAGAUUGGAAGCCAAAGAUAUGCUAAGACUACUUAGAAGCGAUUGCUGAAGAAGGUGCACACACGCAAGAGGCUCAAAGCUCGUGCAUACAACUCACCAAACAAAAUCUCACGGUCAGCAGCGACUACCGUGACCGUGAGGGGUUGUCUCCCUACUCUACCGCGCCUCCAGCCUUCUCGUGUGCUGGCGUCGCCUCCCACGGGCCACGAUCCCCACCAUUCGCUUCGGCAAUUACCCCCUCCAUUUUUAUAUACUACGCCACUUCAUUUUUCCUGUCAAGCUUUGACUUGUAAUUUUGGUCAAAAAAUAUGGAUUGUAUGUAUAAAAAAUAUAUUAUCAAAAAGUUCUU